CCAUAUGGCUGGGAAAAAAUCGAUGAUCCCAUUUAUGGCACUUAUUAUGUUGACCACAUAAACAGAAGAACACAGUUUGAAAACCCUGUCCUGGAAGCAAAAAGGAAGCUACAGCAGCAUAACAUGCCCCACACAGAACUUGGAACAAAGCCCCUGCAGGCCCCAGGUUUCCGAGUAGACAGCUUAUCAUCGACAUUACCUAGGCCCAAAUCCAUCCGCCCCCGUGCUGCCCCGGAGAGGUCGCGCAGCGUGAAUGACUUGUCUUACUAUCAGCGCGACCACGCAGGGAGGCCCUGGAUGUUCGAAAAACCACUCUUCACCCGGGAUGCAUCCCAGUUGAAGGGAACAUUCCUCAGCACCACCCUAAAAAAGAGCAACAUGGGUUUUGGAUUUACCAUCAUUGGUGGAGAUGAGCCGGAUGAGUUUCUGCAGGUGAAAAGUGUGAUUCCAGAUGGGCCUGCAGCACAGGAUGGAAAAAUGGAAACGGGUGAUGUCAUUGUCUAUAUUAAUGAAGUUUGUGUCCUUGGACACACUCAUGCAGAUGUUGUCAAACUUUUCCAGUCUGUUCCUAUUGGUCAGAGUGUCAACUUGGUGUUGUGUCGUGGCUACCCUUUGCCCUUUGAUCCUGAAGACCCUGCUAGCAGCUUGGUGCCACCCCUUGCAAUAAUGGAGAGGCCACCUCCAGUGAUGGUCAAUGGAAGACAUAACUAUGAAACAUAUUUGGAAUAUAUUUCUCGGACCUCACAGUCAGUUCCAGACAUAACAGAUCGGCCGCCUCAUUCUUUGCACUCCAUGCCAGCUGAUGGUCAGCUAGAUGGCACGUAUCCACCACCCGUCCAUGACGACAAUGUGUCUAUGGCUUCAUCUGGGGCCACCCAAGCUGAACUUAUGACCUUAACCAUUGUGAAAGGUGCCCAGGGCUUUGGCUUCACUAUUGCUGACAGUCCAACAGGACAGCGGGUGAAACAAAUACUUGACAUUCAGGGAUGCCCUGGCCUAUGUGAAGGCGACCUCAUUGUUGAGAUCAACCAGCAGAAUGUACAGAACCUGAGCCAUACAGAAGUAGUGGAUAUACUUAAGGACUGUCCCAUUGGAAGUGAAACUUCUUUGAUUAUCCAUCGAGGAGGUAAGAAAAAACACUGGCUCACCAAUAGAUAAAAUAGUAGCAUGCUUUAAUAAUAUUGUCAAAAUGGAGGUUUUCCUGGAGUUUAAUGAAAUCACACUUUUAAAAAUAAAAGUAAAAGACGAAAACAUGAGUACAGAAAGCUGUGUUUUUGA